UUUCUAUUUAUUAGUAAAUAUCGAUUGUUUUUCGAAAAACAAAAAAAAAAAAAAAAUGCAUAAAAAUUCCAAAACCCAAACAAUUAUCGCUGAAUUGUGUGAAAAAUUACACUGUUCCGAAUUGGCAGAUGAUUUGGAACGAGUAAAUCAUGCCCGGGAAAUGUUGGCACAAUUACAGCAAAAUGAAAUUUUCAAAAAUUUACAACCAGAUAAGGAAAAAUUUGAUAUCAGCAGUACCCAUACCAUCCAUAAGAUAUCCAAUAUAUUACAGGAAACUAAACAAAGGCUUACCACGACCAAUGCAAAUAGUAGCAGCAGUACAAAUACAAAUGAAAGCAUUGACGGAGAAAGUAUUCAUAAUAUAGAGGAUAAAGUGCAAACAGAUGAGGAGGGAGAAUAUGAAAUGGAAAAGAGUAUAGAAUGUGAGGAAUUAUCAGCGGAUGCCUGGUUGGGUUUCUUUCGGGGCUAUGAGAUUUUGGAGGAAAAUUGUAAGGAAACUUGUGUUAUAAGCGAAAACAAGCAAUGCAUAGAAUUGUGUUUAAAUGAUGACAAUUGUUCUUUGGAAAACUAUUUACGCUUGGGCAUACGUUGCUUUAUGAUAGAUCUCUUUGUAGGAACGGAAUUAGAAAAGCAAAAAUUAAUUUUUACUUUACGUGAAAGUGAACUGAAAAUAUCACGAGAAUAUGGUUUCCCUAUUACUACCACCUUAUUUGCCCUAUUAAGUCCACGUUUACAAUAUACGGGCAUAAUGGAAGCUAAAUACACCACCGAAACACUGGAAAAGGGUAAUGAAAUAAUAUUAACCACCAAACGCAAAUAUUCCUCCCUGGGUAGUUGCUAUAAAGUCUAUGUUAAUGCUCGCUUUCUAUUGGAAGACUGUAGAGAAAGGGAUUUUAUUUUAAUAGGACCGCAAAUGCAAUUAAGCAUUAAAGAGGUCUUAGAAGAGGAACUAAAAUGUAUUGUUAUAGAACCUGGUACUUUAGCUUCUCGUUUGCCGGUACGUUUUCCCGCUAGAUGUAGUCGUUUGCAAAUUUCAAUGGAAGAACUAGAGGAUAUAACAUUUGCCCGUGAAGUGGGAAUAAAUGUCUUGGUGUCCCAUAAACCGGGUACUCAAGAAUAUCUGAACAAUCUUUAUGAUGCUUUAAAUUUACUUAAAUGUAAUAAUUUACGUAUAUUUACACGUUUAAUGUUAAAUGAAUAUCAAGAAGGUGACAUGGAUUUAGAUUGGAUUGCCCAACGUUAUGAUGGUUUUUUAGUGGACUUAAGUAUUCAGCAAGAUAGCUGUUGUUGUCGCACGAAACCCACUGUUAUCCCUGAUAUUUUAAAACUUUCUUCUCCAUCUAAAAACUUUAUUACCCAAGUCUAUAAUCUUAAAAAACCCAUCAUAUUGGAUCCAACCCUUAUAGCACAAAAUCAUUUAUUUGUUCUUGACCAUCACAAACCUUUUAUAUAUUACUAUCCCGAUAAAUAUAUAUUUUCCAGUGCGACCUAUUCAAAUGCUUUCAAGUUUUAUCUCUUACAAAAUGUCCUAAGUGAACAAAUACGCUCAACAGAAUUAUCAUUUCAGCCCUUUUGUGAUUCCUCCGACUUGGGUGAAGACGCUAUAGCUCGCGCUUGUGUAACAGCCUCUUUAGAGUCCCAAGCAAAAGCCAUAGUAGUUUGUUCUGCCAUACCUGAUAUGUGCAUAAAAUUGUCACAUUUUCGUCCCGCAGCUCCUAUAAUUCUGGUCUCAGCUAUCAAAUCGGUUGAAGAUUAUAUCUCGCUAUAUCAUCAUAUAGUUUUUAUGCAUUUUCGUAAUCAAGGUUUAUACAAUUAUAAGGAAUACAUUGUGAAUGCCUUUAUAUUUGUUAUGAUAUUUUUAAAGUCUAGGCAAAUUUUAAAUUCUCGAGAAAAUGUGAUAUUGGCCUAUGAUUCAGAUCAGAGUUUAAAAUUAUGUGAUAAAUAUGUAGUGUAUAAAUUCGAUGAGAAAUAUUUUGCCAAUAAUUUGGAAGGAAUUUUAUUUACUUAAAUAAAUGUUUGAUUUCUUUAAAUAUUUUUAAAAA